AUACCGCUAUGCUUUUCGCUACAAAAUCCGCAGAGUCCAUGAAAAAGGGCCCCAUUUUGGUAGUUCAAGAAGCGCAGGAAGAAACCCCGCGGAAAUCCAUCCCGAAUGAUUGUACCGCCCAUGUGGCCCUGGCACCGAUUAUCCUGUUUGGGCAGCUGUUUUCGCUGAUGCCUGUGAGUGGGUAUUUUCACCGCACUCCGGACAAGUUGGCGUUUAGGGUUAGAAGUUUGCGCUUUCUGUACUCCUGUGUGACGCUGUUUGCGAUAGUAUCGAUUGUCGUGCUGUUCUUGAUGUACUCCAUCCGGCGUGGAGUACUCGGGUUGAGCAGUGCUGCAACUUUCAUCUACUACACGGUGAUUACGCUAGCACUGAUAGAGUUCAUCAACUUGGGUAGAAAUUGGCACUGGAUUGUCGCCUACUGGACGGAGCAGGAAAAGCCCUUCCUGUACUACCCAUACAGUACCCGGAAGGGACUUCAGCUGGACAAGCUGGUCAAAUGCGUGGCCUCCGCGGUUAUAUUCUUCGCCUUUGUCGAGGACAUUAUGAACUUCAUAUCGGCGUACAAGCUCAACGAACUCCACAUGAAGUACUGUUCCCACAGGGACGACUUCUGGCGGAACUUUUUCCACCGGGAGCAUGCCCACAUCGUGAAGGUCAUUCCGUAUCACACGGUCGUCGGAGUGGGCAUCGAGCUGAUGAUGAGGGUAGCCAAGUUCACCUGGCACUACAUCGAUGUGUUUAUCAUUUGCGUGUGUCUAUCGUUGGAGAAGCGCUUUGGGCAGUUUAAUAGUAGGAUUGAGCGGUUCAAGGGAGUGGACCAGCCGCCGGAAGUGUGGCGCGAAAUAAGGUUGGAUUACUUGCGGUUGAGUGAGCUGGUCAAUUUUAUGGACGAUCGGCUGUCGCGGAUCAUCCUGAUGUCCUGCGCGAACAACAUGUUCUUCAUUUCGGUGCAGUUGUAUAAUAUUUUUGAACUCAAACCCACCCCGAUGACAUCGGUCUAUUUCUGGUACUCGCUGCUCUUCCUGAUGAGCCGCUGCUUCGUCACCCUCUACAUAUCGGCCUCCAUCUACGAAGCCUCGCUGAAACCCCUCGAACUGCUGCGGGACUUUUCCACCCUGAACUGGAACCUGGACCUGCAACGUCUGCUGGACCACAUCUCGCUCAAGAACAUCGCCUUCUCCGGGAAGCGCUUCUUCUACAUCACCCGGCCGCUGAUUUUGGCUAUGGCCGGCACGAUCGUGACGUACGAGUUGGUUCUGCUGGACCAGGUCUCCAAUGAUCAAGAUACUACCAAGGAUUGUAACUUUUAAGCUCUUUUAUUGAAGUCUAAAUGUGUGUUUUGGUGUGAUUUGGUUUUGACAAAAGGUUUCAACAAAAAUACACUCAGUUUUCGACCAG